AUGAAUGAGGAUUCUUGCAACAGCCGCCCACCUGUGCCACCGGAGAUUGUCGACUGGCUCUCCCAUGUGCUCUCGUCUGUUGACAAUAUACGCUAUGCUCCGUCAAUGAGGCAUCAGGCACCCCCAAUUGUCACUCUGGAUGAGAUCCGAAACGCAAAAGACCUAUGUCCUCGCAGCAUGGGCGGCUGCAAAAUCCUACUAAUCAACGCCUCAACUAUAUUGAAGGUCGGACCUAUGGUUCGGAUGGGAGAAGCUGAAGCUCUCUGCCUCGUCAGGAGAAGGACGUCAGUACCUGUUCCUAUAGUACUCAACGCCUAUGCUAUCGAUGAGGUUGGGUUUCUUGUGAUGGAAAGAAUUCCAGGUAUUCCGCUUGUACGAUGCUGGAAGGGCUUAACAGGAGAUGCGAAAAGAUCGAUUGUCCGACAGCUUCAAGGGUUCAUACAGGAGUGGCGCCAGAUUGACGGUCCACUGUUCGGAUCUGUUGAUGGUGGUCCAUGCGAAGAUGUCUUCUUUAAGCAUUCGUGGGAUGCAAAGUUUCGUCAAUAUGGGCCAUUUUCGACAAGAAAGGAAUUCAACCAAGGGGUAGUAGAGGCACUUUGCAACGCCAGACCGUACGGAAAGCUCACCAGGAGGGACGAGCCUCUGGCAGCGAGAAUUCUUGCAUCUGAUAGCCAGGAUGAGAGGAAGGUGCUCACACAUGGUGAUUUGCACCAAAGUAAUAUUAUGAUAAAGGAUAAUGUCAUCACCGGGGUCAUUGACUGGGGUGCAGCCGGCUAUAGUAUAUCAGCAAGAGAAUACUUUGGCUUGCGAUGGCAAGCAUUGGAUUUGGAUUGGAGAGAUCUUAUAUCUACUAUACUCGAUGUCGACGAGUAUGAUUUUUGGGCUGAGGUGAAUCAAUCCAUGGUGGAUUAUACUGGAAUUUAA